AUGCUUAUUAAGAAAGAAAAGGCAAAAGAAGGAAAAGAGGCAAGUUUUUUCUCUUUUAAUGAGAAAAAGAAAAGAAAUGUUAAAAAAUCUUCUGCUUCUUCAAUUAAUUCAUGUGAUUCAACAAAAAGUAAUUAUUCAUCUUGUUAUUUAAAUGCGGAAUGUUUUCUGAAAAAUAUUACUAUAUGUAAAAAAUGUAUCUUUUCGUAUUUUGAUUUUGAAAAUGUAACAAAAGUAAUUUAUAUGAGACAUGGGGCAAGAACACCUAAAAAAAAAAUUCGAAACAUUUGGCCAUUUAUUGAAGGGAAAGGUGAUUUAACCUUUUUAGGAUUUCAACAAUCAAUAAAAAUAGGAAAAUAUUUAAGAAAAUAUUAUUAUAGUUUAAGAAAAUUAAACAGAAAAUAUAAUAAUAAAUAUAACAAAAAUAAAAAUUUGAUUACUAGUUUAAAUAAAUGGAUAUAUAAAAAUAAUUUUUUAAAAUUAAUUAAAGAAAAAAAGAAAAUAAAUUUUCUCAUUAAAAUUAAUCAAAAUAAGAAGAGAAGAAAAAAAAUUUUUAAAAUAUUGAUACAUAAAAAUUAUUUUUUUAAUUAUAAAAAGAGUUCUUAUAGUUGUAUUAAUAAUAUAGAUAAACAAAUCAAACUAAAAAAUGUAAUAGAGCAGAAAAGCAAACAAAGAAAUUCCAAUUUUUAUAAAAAUAAUUACACAAAUUUUUAUAAAAAAAAAAAGAUAAAUAAUAACGAUAAUGAUAAAUUCUUAGAGAAAAUAAUAUUUUAUUAUGAAAAUAUUUUAACAAAUAAUAAUAUUUUUAAUAAUUCAAAAGAAAAAGAAAAUUUUUUAGACAUUAUUAAGAAUAUGUAUUUAAGUAAAAAAAGUUUUUUAAAUAAUGUGUUAAGAAAAUGUAAAAUAGACAUUGAAAAAAAAAAAUAUGAUAAAAUAAUUAAGUUAAUAAAUAAAUAUUUAUGUAUUAAAACAACAAAUAGUGAAAGAUGCAAACUAACAGCAUAUGCAAUUAUAUGUGGAAUAUUGGGUAUAAGCAAAAAAAUGUUUUUUUUUUUUUUUUUAUUAUCGUUUGAUAAUGAUUAUGAAUAUUCCAAUUCAUUAUAUGACAAAAUAAAAUGUAAAAGUAAGAAUUCAUCAGGGGAAAAGAGAAUAUAUCUAAAUUCAUUUGAUUUAAGUUAUACAACUAAUAACAAUAUUUAUGAAAAAGAGGAUUUUAUUUAUAAAGAUAAAGAUUAUGAUGAAUCUAUGCAUAAAAUAAAAAAAAAUUAUCAUUUAACAAAGACUGUGAAAUUGGAUAACUCUAUUUAUCAUUAUUAUUUAUAUAACAUAUUUAAGAAUUUUAUGAAUAUUGAUAAUUAUAAGUUAUAUAAUGAUACAAAUAAUUUUGAAUGUAAUAAUGUUCACAAAAGUUUGCAUUUGAAUUUUUAUGAUAAAACUCAAAAUGUUCAUUAUAACUGUAAGUAUAAGAUUAUGAAUAAUUCAAUAAUACAUAGUAAUAAUAAUAUCAACCAUGUAUACAAUAAUGAUACACUAAAUGAAAAACGAAAUUAUAAUUAUAAUAUAAAUGAAAACUUAUAUGAAAAUGAAAAGAAUAUAAGUUAUAUAAUGGAUGAUUUUGAGAUUAAUAAUAAUACUAAUAAUGCUAUUGAUGACAGCAAUAUAUUCAGAAAUAAAUCAAAUGAAAAAAAUAUCUCUACGUUGAAUUUUAAUGAUUCUAACUAUAAAGAAAAAAGUGAUUUUGUUAAUAAAACUAUGAAUUAUUCAAAAUAUUUUAAAAAAAGAGAUUCCAAAAAUUUUUUUUUGGAAAAAAAUACUAAAUCUAAUUUUAUGAAAUCAUUAAGCCAUAGUGAUAAUAUUAUAUCAGGUGUGGCUAAUUUCAAGAAUUUAGAAAAAAAAAGUUUAAGAAAAAUGAACCUUAAAUUUAAUAUAAGUUAUAAUUUAAUGUACAAUAUGAAUGUGUUUUUUGAAUUUGUUAUGAAUAAUAAAAAUAAUACACAAUUUUUUUAUAGUAAAAUAAAAAAAACAAAGCAUCGUAAUAAAAGAAGUUUGGAAAAAUCAUAUAUUUAUUAUGUUUUUCAAAUAUAUUUACAAUAUAUAUUAAAUAAAUUUAUAAAUCAUAUCAUCAAUAACGUUCCUUCAGAUAAUCGUUCCAUUUUAUCUAGAAAUGAGGAUAAAUAUUUUCUACAUUCUUUAAAAUUCGAAGAAGGAUCAAUUCCAGUUUAUAUAAACAAGUUUUGUAAAACAAUUUAUGAUGAAAAAUAUAAUGAAAUUGAUGUAAAUAAGGUAAAUGUGGGAAUGAAUAAAUUUAAUCGUAGCAAUAACAAUAAUAAUAAUAAUAUUAUAUCUAAUAAUAUCAAUAAUAUGCAUGAUUAUAAUAAUAGUUAUAAUGUUAAAAACUGUGAUUUCAAUAAUGUGAAUGAUAAUAACAAUAAGACUGAUGACUACAUUAAUAAUAAACCACUAGGUUUUGAUAAGUAUUUUAAUAAUAUAUAUAAUAAAUUUAUAGAAAAGUAUAAUUAUUUACUUAACUUUCUGAAUUAUAUAAAUUUGUAUAUUAGAUUUUUUUUUUAUUAUUUAAAAAAUGUAUAUGUAUUGUGUUCAGUUGUCAAGGUAGCUGAAAGAAAUUCUCUAAUGUUUAAAACAUUAAAAGCUAAAAAUCAGUACAUUAAAAAAUUAAAAAAUCAUAUUUUUAAUAAUUCAAAACUAUAUAAAUUUUUAAAUAAUUAUUAUAAGGAAGAAAUCUCAAUAGUUUAUUAUAUAACAAAAUGGAAAGGUAAAUAUAUAAACACAAGAGAAAUUUUAUUAAAAGAUGAAUGUAGUAUAUAUACUCCAAAUGUUUAUUUAAAUAAUAGUAUAUUAAGUACUUUUAAAAAACAUAUUUCAUCUAUAUAUAAACUGAAAAGAAAGUUAAACAAUUCAAUAAUAUUAAGAGACUUGAGAAAAUUAAAUUAUAGUUCAGUUAAUACCAAUUUUUUAAAUAUCCAGAAUUAUGAACAGAAUGAGAUACAUAAUGAAAAAAAAAAAAAUUGGAGGCAUUUUUUUAAUGAUAAAAGAAGAAAAAUUAAAAAUAUCAAAAUUAUUAAAAAAUUUAUUAGUUCAUAUGAUGCGUAUGUCUAUCAUAAUGUUAAUCUUUUUUUUGAUUUUAACAAUGCUUAUAAAAAAUUGUCAAAAGAGGAUUCUAGCGAUACUAUGACAAGUCAUGAAGGAAAAGUAAACAGCUCAAAGAAUAUAUAUUUUUUUAAUACAUUUCAAGCAAAUAUCGGUGAAUUAGAAAACAGUAGUACUGUAUCACCAAAAAAUAUAUCAACUAAAGGAAGUAAUGAAAAAAGAGAAAGCAUUAAUAGUUAUAUUAAACAAGAAAAAAACAAUACUUUUGAAGAAAAAUUUACACAUAUGAUAUAUAACAAAGAUAUAAAAAAUAAUGAAUUAAAAGAUGAUAAUAAAACAACACAAGAAGAUAAAACUGUCCAGUUGAAUGAAAAGCAUGACGAUCAUUAUAUAUAUAGUAAGGAUGAAAAAUAUAAGAAUAGCAAAAAAUGUUAUAAUGAAAUAUAUAAAGAUAAAAAGGAAUGCUGUAAGGAUUAUAUAAGUUUUUCCAAAAGUGAAUUAAUAACAUUAUCUCUAAAUAAAGAAAAUGAAUUAAAUAAAGAUAAGUUUGAUAAAUAUAAAUGUGAUAAGAAAAAUAAGAUAGUAAGUUGUGGUAGUUUUCCUAUAUAUGAAAAAGAAAAAAAAAAAUUUUGUAUGUACAAGAAUUUAAAUGGAAUUAUUAAAGGAGUAAAAAAUGAAAAAUUUACUGAAAAAAAUUUAAAGUACAUUUAUAAAACAAGUAAAUAUUUUAAUAUAUCUAAAAAAAAGAAGAAAAAUAAGAUAAAGAAGUUCUAUAAAAAUGUAUAUGAGUGUUAUAAAUUAAUGUGUAAACUUGAAUAUAAUAAUAAAUAUUUAUCAUGGUUGUGUAGUGGUAUGUCAUUAAUUGAUGUUGCUAUAAAUUUUAUAAUCAACGUAAGAUUAUUUGAAAAAUUUCAAAAAAAAAAAAAAAAAAAAAAAUUUAUUCCAAAAAUUAUAUUAUAUUUAACGCAUCAAUCGGCUCUUUUAUCCUUUCAAUCUUGUUUAGGAAUAAAAAUAAACAAUAUGAAAAUACCUCCUUUUGCUGGUUUUAUAUCACUUGAAUUAAUUCGAAUUAAAAAAAGGAAAAUAAAACGAGGAAAUUUUGAAUAUGAGUUAUAUAAUAAUUGCUUUAAUGAAGGAGAAUCCAAUAGUAUUGAUAAGAAGUUACAUACUUUUGCUACUAAAAAAAAUCAUAUUUUUACAGAAAGUAAUUCUAAAAAUAUUAAUAGUAGUAAAAUUCUUAAUUAUAUUAAUAAAAAUGAUACAGCAAAUAUAUUUUGCUGCAAAGAGGAUUGUGUUUGGAAAGUUAGGAAAAAAAAAAAAAAAAAUUCUCUGAAAAAUAUUAAUAAUUAUAAAAACUGUAAAGAAGAAAUAGAAAAAGUAAUUAAUAAAAAAAAAGAAAAAAGAAAUAGGAAAAAUAAAUACAAUGAUAAAUAUGAAAGUUUUUUGCCAAAAUGUUCUAAUAAAAUUCAAGAUUUUAAAAAUUUGUUUUUUUUAUUAUGCUAUAAAGAUAAUAAAAUUGAGGACCUUAUUGAAUUGUAUAAUUUAUGUUUAAGUAACGAUUAUACACAUAUAAAAAAUGUUCAUUUAAUGGAUGGAAAAAAAAAGAGGAAAAGAUAUUUUUAUGGUUAUUUCAUUAAAUUUACCUUUAAUAAUUAUUUUCCUUUAAAAUUAAAAAAAAAAAAAUCUAUUAGAAAAUAUAACAUAGAUAAAAAAAAAGAAGAUAAAUUUUAUAAUAAUAACUUUCAAGAAUUUCAAGAAAAUAAUUGUGCAGUUGAAGAAAAAAAAAACAAAUAUUGCUUUGGGAAUCAAAAAGAAAAAAAAUAUCUUUUUAAAAAGAAUAAUAUUAUAAAUAGAGAAGUAUAUAAAAAUGAAGAAAAAAAAGACAGUUUUAAUAACAUUGAACAAAAUGACUUAAUAAAAGAUAAUUUGAAAUGGAAUGAAAAUAGUAUCAAAGGAAUAAGGAAGAUAAAACCUAAUGAAAAAAAAUAUCUUAUAAAUCCUUUUUAUACUGAUUUAACUGAAAGUGAAAACAAUUAUAUGCAAAAUCAAAAAAAUUUUAAAGAAAAAUUCCAAAACGAACAUAUAAAGUUACAUACUUUAAAGAAUCAAAAUAUAAAUAAAAAUGAAAUAUGCUCAAAGAAGAAUAACACAUCUCUACCUUUGGUAAAUAAUUUUGUAAUUAAUAAAAAAAUAAAAAAAAAUAUUAUGAAGAAGUUGAAUAUGAAUAAUUUUAAUUUUAAUUGUAAAUAUGAUAAAUACAUGAAUUAUAUUUAUAAUAGUAAAAGCAUAAAGUACAGUAAGAAUUAUCAUAAAAUUAAUAAAAAUACAAAGAUAAAGUUUACGACUAAAAAAAGUGAUAAUAUUAAUAGCAAAUUAUUGAGUAAAUACAAAAUUGAAAAAAAUGAAAAUACGUUUCUAUUUAGUGAAGAAGGUUUAAAAGAUGAGCGUGACUUUCGAAAGUCAAAGUUCAAAUCUCUAAAAAUAAAAGAACAAGGAGAUAUAAUAAGUCAAAAUUUUGAAAAAUUAAAAAAACAAGACAAUAGUUAUAAUAUGGGAUAUUGUUUUAGGUUGAACAAAAAAAAUAUAUCAAAAAAAGUAUUUAAAAAUACCACAAGUAAUAAAUAUAUUAAAAAAAAUGCAUUUUUUAAGAGAAAAGGGGAAAAAAUAAAAACAAAUUAUGAAAACGAAAAUAUGAUUUGCUUAGAUUGUUUCAUUUUAUAUUUAAAAAAAAUGUUAAGUAUAUAUGGGAACCCUGAAAUGUUGUAA